UGAAAAUGUUGUCGCAUGCAAUUGUCUUGUCACUGUCAAUGUCAGUAAGUGAUUAAAUGUGAAAAAAUGGCGGCGGCACUUGUUAGUUCGGCUCGUCAGGUGGGGAGGCUAACAAAGGCUGCCAGGCGUCUCUAUAGCGAUUAUCCAAAAAUAACUACUCAUUACACAAUCCACCCUAGGGAUAAGGAUCCAAGAUGGAAAGAUGUGAGCAUGGAGCGAGUUGCAGAGGAGACGGACAUCCUCAUCAUCGGGGGAGGUCCGGCGGGCAUGGCUGCUGCCAUCAGAGCCCGGCAGAUAGCAGAAGAAAAGGGAGCUGAAGUUCGAGUGACGCUAUUAGAGAAGGCAGCAGAAAUCGGCGGGCACAUUCUAUCCGGAGCGUGCGUGGAUCCCAUAGCUCUCAACGAGCUCAUCCCGGACUGGAAAGAGAAGGGGGCGCCAAUGAACACCCCAGUCACAUCCGACAAGUUUGGUUAUUUGACCAAGUCUGGGAGGAUACCCAUUCCUGUUUUUCCAGGUUUACCCAACUACAACCAUGGUAACUAUGUGGUAAGAUUGGGACACUUAGUGCGGUGGCUUGGAGAACAGGCGGAGGCAGUUGGAGCCGAGGUGUGGCCCGGCUGCGCAGCCGCAGACCUGAUAUUCAGAGAGGACGGGUCGCUGAAGGGCGUGGCGACCGGCGACGUGGGCGUCGCCAAGGACGGCAGCCCCAAGGACAUGUUCGAGAGGGGCAUGGAGUUCCAUUCCAAGAUCACCAUAUUUACUGAAGGAUGUCACGGACACUUGACUAAAGUGCUGUCCAGUAAAUACAACCUCAGGGAGAACAGUGAGCCACAGAGCUACGGCAUCGGGUUGAAGGAACUAUGGGAAGUUGCACCAGAAAACCAUAAGCCCGGUUUAGUUGAACAUACCAUUGGUUGGCCAUUAGACAAGAACACAUACGGUGGCUCCUUCAUCUACCAUCUGAAUGUGGCUGAAGGGGAAGGCCCACUAGUGGCCGUGGGCUUCGUCGUGGGGCUGGACUACUCCAACCCUUACAUCAGUCCCUUCAGGGAGUUCCAGCGGUUUAAGUUACAUCCCUAUAUCAAGCCUAUGUUUGAAGGCGGCACUCGUAUAGCGUACGGCGCCCGCGCGCUGGUGGAGGGCGGCUGGCAAUGCGUGCCCGCGUGCGCGUUCCCGGGCGGCGUGUUGGCGGGCGACGCGGCCGGCUUCCUCAAUGUGCCGCGCAUCAAGGGCACGCACAACGCUAUGUACAGCGGCAUGUUAGCCGCGGAGACGGCGAUGGAGCUCAUAGAGUCUGGCGAGGCGACUCAUGACAGCGGCGUGGUGCCCCGCGCCUACGAGGACAAGCUGCGGAACUCCUUCGUCUUCAAGGAGCUCAAGCAAGUCCGCAACUGCCGGCCAUCGUUCCACACGAAGCUAGGCUUGUUCGGCGGCGUUGCUUACUCAGCUUUUUCCACGUUGGUGCGGGGCAAGGAGCCUUGGACUCUCAGCCAUGGAGGCGCCGACCACUCCAAGCUGAAGCCCGCCAAGGACUGCCAGCCCAUUGAGUACCCCAAGCCGGACGGCGUCAUCACAUUCGAUCUCUUGUCCUCCGUAUCGUUGACAGGCACCAACCACGAGGCGGACCAGCCGCCGCACCUCACGCUCAAAGACGACUCCGUUCCUGUCAAAAAUAACCUCGGCAUUUACGACGGACCCGAGGCGAGGUUCUGUCCUGCAGGUGUAUACGAAUACGUACCGAUGGAGACUGGAGAUGGCCAAAGACUACAAAUAAACGCACAAAACUGCAUUCACUGUAAGACGUGCGACAUUAAAGAUCCAUCGCAGAACAUCAACUGGGUGGUGCCGGAGGGCGGCGGCGGUCCCGCCUACAACGGAAUGUAAACUCAAUUGCUAUAGUAAAAAGAGUGAUAUUUCUCUGAAAUAUACUAUGCAAAUAAUAUGAAUAUGAAAGCUACAACGGAAUAACAACUUUCAGUCAACAGUCAACUCCAACAGAAUAUAAAAUCUUCAAUCUAAUGUCAUAAAGGUUAAAUUUCAUUAAUUGUAAAAUCAGUCAACAUUAUCAGUAGUGAAAUGCAAACUUUCAGUUUUAUAUUAUAAGGACUAAAUUUCAUUGACCUAUACUAGCGUAAUACACGCAUCAACGGAGUGUAAACUUACUGUCUGAUGUGAUAAGGGUUAUAAUUCAUUAAACAGUUAAAUAAAAAAUAAAACUUUUAUACAAGGUCGAAAUAUUUGUCUUGGUUUUAUAAUAAUGAACUUUAUUUCGAGGGAGUAAAGUUUAAUUUCAUCUGCGCAAUAUUGCUGGUAAGUUUGAUUCAUGUAGAUGGUGUUCCAAAAAUAUAUACUAUAUAUUGUAUUUUGAAUGCAGAUUUGGAUAAUAUAUGAAGUGCUCGUAUACAAUUCAUUGUAAAUAUAAUUUUAAGCUAGUCUGUUUUUGAAGAUUUUAUAAUUUAGAUACAGAAUUAUUUUUGUGAAUAAGUUACAAAGUGGACAUAGAGAAAUCAAUACUAUGUGGUGGAUUUUUUGAGAUAAUAUAUUUGUUUCAAAAAGAAUUCAUGUCACGUCAAAUUCCCUUUUUAGUUAAGUAUCUCAGACUAAAAAUAAUUUAAAAGAAAAUUAUAUUUUACAAAAGAUAUCUAUAAUACUAUUAUCUACUAGAUGACAAUCUGGGUGCCAUGGUUACAAAUCGAAGCCAUUGCCACGUCCAUUUUAAUAAACUGCUUACAUCUUAUUCUAGUGCUGCCCUCUGGCGUAAUGACAUCGCAGUAAUAUUCCCAAAUGCAAAGUAAACAAGCAUAGCCAAUUGAGAUAGAAAAUUUCUUUACAACUUUCCUAUAAUGCGGCACGACAGGCGUUGUAAAACCGAGCACAUGAUGAGGGACAAAACUUAUUAGCGCUCUGUCCCGUUUCCUCUAUUGUAUUUCUAUUAUGUGUUACUCUUUCUUGUUUGUUUCUAUUUUUCUAGCGAAACGAACAAUAUGACGAGGUUUCGUUUUCUUUACUUGUUCAAACAGUUAAGUUCGUUCAUAUAGAACAUAGUAUGUGUUAUAAGUGUAACAUAACGCUAAUAUUGCAUGCCUGUAAGGGUAAACUGUUGAAACUAUAGUAUUGUAUGUGCCACACCUUGUACUGCAAUAAACAUAUUUGAGUUUGAGUUUGUCUACGAAUAUACCCUAUUGGGAGUGAGUUCGUGGUCACCGUGUUUAAUUACUUUCGAGAUUAAUUUUGAUCACAUAUCUUCAUCAAUCUUCAUCAAUUUCGAAUUUCGAAGGUUUCUUCAAUAUCCACUGUAAAAAUGAUAUGUAUAUCCAACCGUUAAUAUAAUUAUUGUAUUGAAGAAUCUAGGAACGUUUUAUACAUUUUUUAAAUAGAAUUUUUGUAAAAAAAUUAGGGUCCAAAUAUAUGAGCUUCGUCCGCUCAUAAACAAAUAAAAAAAAACUGUCGUAAAAGAACGUGUUCAUAAUAAUUUAGCGAAAUCUAUAGAGCAUUAGUUAUAAGUGUUAUUUUGUAUAAGAGUUUACCUCUAAUAAAUUAUUUUUACAAAUCA